AGGAGGAGAUGGUACUUGUUACAAACCAACAGUAACAGUAAAGUAGUAGCAAAAUAGCAGCAAAGAAGCUGAAAGUGAAACCCAUUCCAAUUACAAGAAAAAAACUGUCAAAGAACCCUAAAGGUCCAGCUAUGAUCUCACUCAAUACCCACCACAAAAACACACAAACAAAGCAAACAGUACACUCAUAUGGUAUAUAUGGUAUCUAGCUGCUUGUAUUUGCAAAUCUUGGGCUUCAGUUAAAGAAACCCAUUGUUCUUUUAACUGUUUUAGCUUCAAAGAUGCUUGCUUUUUGACUUGAAAUCAUAAAUCUUGGUGAAAUAGAUCUGGGUUUUCUUUAAAACUUGUGUUUAUGUAAGUUUCAACUUUCAAGAUUAUAAAAAGGCUUGCAAGAUUAGGGCUUUUUUAUGGGUUUGAGAUCUGAAGUGCUUGUUGUAGCUAAAUGAGCUUGUGGGUGUGAUUCUUUUGCUGAAUUUGGUGGUGGGUUUGUGUAAAAAACAAGAUAUCAAGAUUGUUGUUAGAUGAAGGUGUUUGUGGGUACUUUUUGGUUGGGGGGGUGGGUUAGGAAGAUCAAGAUCGAAUGAAGUGGAAAUCAUUUUUGUUUUGUAGUAUAACCGGUUUCGGUUGAGAAUCUAGUGGUUAUCUUUUGUGUGGAUUGUUGAAAAGAAGCAAGAAUCAUUAAUCUUGAAGGAAAAAAGUGGUCCCUUUUGAUAGUUUUAAGGAAUAUUGUUGAGGUUCUUUGUUGGUUUCUAGCAUUUUUGUUGUUUGAAGAUCUGAACAUGAAGUUAUCUGCCGUUGGAUUUGAUCAGCAGUUGCCAGAAGGGGAGAAAAGAUGUUUGAAUUCUGAACUUUGGCAUGCUUGUGCCGGUCCUCUUGUUUCCCUUCCGACCGUCGGAAGUCGUGUGGUGUAUUUCCCGCAGGGUCACAGUGAGCAAGUUGCUGCAUCAACAAACAAAGAAGUCGAUGUUCACACUCCCAAUUACCCGAGCUUACCUCCACAACUCAUUUGUCAACUUCACAAUGUCACGAUGCAUGCAGAUGUGGAGACCGAUGAGGUUUAUGCUCAAAUGACACUGCAACCACUGAACGCCGAAGAGCAAAAAGAGGCGUUUCUUCCAGCGGAUUUGGGUACCGCGAGCAAACAACCGACUAAUUAUUUUUGUAAAACGUUGACAGCAAGUGACACUAGCACUCAUGGUGGAUUCUCGGUUCCUCGUCGUGCAGCUGAGAAAGUGUUUCCCCCAUUGGACUUCUCACAACAACCUCCGGCCCAAGAAUUAAUCGCGAGAGAUUUACACGAUAACGAAUGGAAAUUUAGGCACAUUUUCCGCGGACAGCCGAAACGGCAUCUUCUCACAACGGGCUGGAGUGUUUUUGUGAGUGCAAAAAAACUCGUUGCAGGUGAUUCUGUCUUGUUCAUAUGGAACGAUAAAAACCAGUUGCUGUUAGGAAUCCGGCAUGCAAAUCGACCUCAAACCGUUAUGCCGUCUUCGGUUUUAUCUAGCGAAAGCAUGCACCUCGGGCUUCUUGCUGCCGCUGCACAUGCAGCAUCAACUAAUAGCCGAUUCACCAUUUUCUAUAAUCCAAGGGCAAGCCCGACAGAAUUUGUCAUACCUUUAGCUAAGUAUGUUAAAGCCGUCUAUCAUACGCGGGUUUCAGUUGGAAUGCGUUUUCGAAUGUUGUUUGAAACCGAAGAAUCAAGUGUGCGCCGCUAUAUGGGCACAAUAACGGGUAUCGGUGACCUGGACCCGGCCCGAUGGCCCAACUCACACUGGCGGUCCGUUAAGGUCGGGUGGGAUGAGUCCACAGCCGGGGAGAGACAACCGAGGGUUUCACUAUGGGAGAUCGAACCGCUAACCACAUUCCCGAUGUACCCUUCUCAAUUUCCCCUUAGACUCAAGCGACCGUGGCCACCCGGGGUUCCGUCUUUCAAUGGAAUUAAAGAAGAGGAUUUAGGAAUGAACUCGCCGAUAAUGUGGCUCCGUGGCAACCCGUGUGACCGUGGGGUCGGGUCUUUUAACUUUCAGGGACUCAAUGGUUCACAGUGGUUACAACCGCGGCUCGAUAUGGGCAUGGUCGGUAUGCAAACCGAUAUAUAUCAAGCUAUGGCCGCAGCCGCACUGCAAGAGAUGAGGAGUAUCGAUUCUUUAAAACCGUCAAACCCGUCACUUCUACAGUUUCAACAACACCAAACCGUUCAAACCGGUUCGGGUUCGGUUCACCAAUCUCAAUCUCAACCCACUUUCGUUCCUGAAAACCUUCCCGUUUCACAUCAACAAUCUCAUCUUCUUUCACAACAGUUGAACCACCCGAACCCGUUCAAUAAUCAACAACAAACUUUACAACACCCUAUGUUCUCUUCGGUCCAAAAUCAAAACUUUUCUACUUCAAGUGGGAACCCCGUGAGUCAUUUAGGUUCGUUUUCCGAAACUUCACAUCUUCUUAACAUGCCUCGGUCCACCUCUGUGUUAACGUCCACGGGCUGGCCAGCAAAGCGGGUUGCGGUUGACCCGCUUCUCGUAUCCGGUUCAUCACAGUCUCUUCUUCACCAAGUUGAACAGUUGGGCCCACCGUCCCACACGAACCUCUCUCAGAACACAAAUCUUUCACAAAGCGCGGUUUCGUUACCACCGUUUCCGGGAAGAGAGUGUUCUAUUGAUCAUGAACCGAACAACGAUCCGCAAAGUAAUCUUUUAUUUGGAGUUAACAUAGAUAACCCAAAUCUUUUUCUUCAAGGUAGUGAUGGUGAUUCGUUGACCAUGCCAUUGACUUCUUCUAGUUAUAAUAUAAACAAUGUGGGCAACGGUUUUUCGAUGAAUCCAACAGUGACACCUUCAAGUUGUGUUGACGAGUCGGGUUUCCUGCAGUCUCCUGAUAACGCAGGUCAAACAAACCCGCCCAACAGAACGUUCGUUAAGGUUUAUAAAUCGGGUUGUUUUGGGAGGUCGCUCGAUAUAGGAAAGUUCAGCAGUUAUCAUGAACUGCGAAGUGAACUGGGUCAAAUGUUCGGGCUUGAAGGCCAAUUGGAGGACCCUUUGAGAUCAGGCUGGCAGCUUGUAUUUGUUGACCGGGAGAAUGACGUUCUUCUCCUUGGUGACGACCCUUGGCCGGAGUUUGUGAACAGCGUAUAUUGCAUCAAGAUAUUGUCACCGCAAGAGGUGCAGCAAAUGGGUAAACUAGGACUCGAGCUUCUUAACUCAGUUCAGUUACCAAAACCGUCCGAUAGCGGCUACGAAAACUAUACUCCGAGCCGCCAAGAGUCUAUGAGUCUGAGCAACGGGGUUGCGUCAGUUGGUUCGCUUGAAUACUGACGCAACUUUGUGCUAGCAUUCUCACGGUUAGCAGCAUUUCAUUCGACUAUGGUGAAAUGCUUGAUUAUAAGCUUUAGGUACUUAUGGAAACCGGAUCCGAAAUUGUAAUUAAUAUGAUCACUUUAUAAUUAUGUAUUUGGACUAUAUAUAAGACUUGUUUCCAGUGUUAUGUAUCAUGCAUUCUAAGGUUUAGGUACUUAUGUAACCCCAUGUACUUUUCAUGUUGUAGUUUUGGUUUUAUAUG